AUGCCUGUCGACUACAGCAAAUGGGACGCGCUCGAGCUCAGCGACGACUCUGAUGUCGAGGUUCACCCCAACGUCGACAAGCGCUCCUUCAUCCGUGCCAAACAGAAUCAGAUCCACGCCGAGCGCCAGCAGCGCAAGCUUCACAUUGAGACGCUCAAGUACGAGCGCCAGAUCAACGAUGGCCUGAUCAAGCGGAUCAGCGGCCUCCUAAACUCCCUCAAGAACCAUGCUUCUGAAGCUGAGACGCGGAACCCGGCCGAAGUGGCCUUCCAGGCCGUCAUGGAGUCUGCUCCGAGCAGCGAGGCUGAGGACAAGCCCCCAAAGCGACCCGAAGGCGUGCACAGCGAGGUUGAGAAUCCACCCACGUAUACAAAGAUGAUGGCAACGCUGCUAGAUCAGGUCAACAAGGCACUGGACGAGAAGAAGCCAGACAACCGCUACCAAGCCAUGAUAGAGGAGAUUGGCGACCACCUGGCCAAGGUCGAGGAUUUACAGAAGCAGCUCUAUGUCAAGCUUGCGGAGCUAGAGAAGGCAGACGCAGGCAAGAUCACGAGCGACAGCUACCGAACUGGCUUUGACUCCUCGCAUAUCACAAAGUCAACGCCCGAAGAGGCAGGAACAAAAAAGGAAGAAAAGGUUGAGCUCCUCAACCCAAACUUUGACAUCAACAACCCGAAUUCACUCAGCGAGGCCGAGCCGAGAGACGACGAUGAAGAGGUCCAGGCAAGCUCAGAUGCCCAGGCUUUCGCCAAGAUCAAGUCAACCGACUAUCGGGAGAGUAAUAACUUCAUUUCGUCUCAUCCCAAGAUCCUCUCGGAAAAGGAGCAGGACGGCAUUCUUAUGCUAGCGUUCGACGCCCAGCUGGAAGGCCGUGAUGACUUUGCUCGCAACUGCGUACACCAGGCCUUGCUACUGCAGUACUGUCGCGCUCUGGGCAAGGACGGUGUUGCGCUCUUUUUCAAGCGUAUUACAACCAAGGGGCACAAUGCUCAGGACGUCUUUUUCAAGGACGUUCAGGACACGUACAUGCGAAUCAAGAACCGGUGCAGAGAGAUCAACGCCGAGCGCGCCGCAGGUGGUAAUGAUGAGGAAAGGGAACAGAUCCAGCUGCAUGCAGUCGAGCCAGGCACGGUCAUCAACAUCAAGGUUCCUCCGGAGAACAGCGAAGACCCCGAAGAGAAGAAAUGCCGAGAGAUCUUUGACUCAUUCAAGCCGGACGUGAAGAAGGCACUAGAGACGGGAAGCCUAGAUAAGGUCAAUGAAGUCCUGGGCAAGAUGAAGGUUGCCGAGGCUGAAGCCUUGGUUGGCUUGCUGGGCGAGGCCAACGUCCUGAGCUUGGAAGAGGAGAUCAUUGACGCCACGACUGAAGAGGGACAGAAGCACCUCAAGGAGAUGGAAAAGCAAGCAGCACUGGAGUCUUCGUCGUAUGCGGAUGACCCAGAAUAA